AUGGGUACGGAGUCCUGGAAGACUGUAACACUAGCGGAAUCUGCGAACCUCUGUCUAGAAACUUUCACCAAAUGUCUCGCUCGGUUUGGCCAUCUCACCGUACGGGACCAGUCAGCAAUCGAAGACCAACUUGGACAGUUCUCGAUCUGGUCUUCCAAUAUAGGGAUCUUUGCAGCAUCGAAGAGCUCCCUUGAUUACCGCCUUCGCGAUGCGUUUCGUGUUCAACGACCGCUUCGUCGCUUGCUCCGGAUACUGAACGACCAUAUUCAGCGACUUUUGUCAGCGAUAGACAGCCCUCCUGAAGUAGGAACGACUCUUUCCAGGUCAUCUUCCUCUUUAUCUGAGGCUAGUGACCUAGACCCUAUCAUCCAGGAAAUAGCAGAGGAAACCGACUUAAUACACAAACUUUCCAGAGCAAUACCCAAUGGGAUCGGAGAGUUCCAUAACCUAGGCACACCAGCCUCUACACUGAGUUAUAAUGUCGGCGGGGAUGUCAAGCACUCACGCUUUGAUCAAUCUGACUCGGAAGUCAUUCAAGAUAAGUUCCCAAAAUGUGAUAAAUCACUCCGGAACAGGCUGGCAGCUGCCAUGCGGCUACGCCGAACGCGAAUUAGAAUUCUCUCCUGGCGCUCCCCAUCCUGGAGAACCCCCCCUCAUUAUUCUGAUGUUCUAUCAAGGGGCGUGCCUGUCCCAGAAUUGUCUCCAAGUCGCAGUCAUCGAGAAUCCCCUCCAGCACAGCCAGCAUCUGAGGCCAAACAAGAAAAUCCUUGUGACUCCUCUUUGUUGAGUCCGAUGGUGCUAAAGUUGGAAAAAUUGAAAGCAGUACACACCAUGUCUCGUCUCAGCUGGGCGAACACAUCAUGCCGGAGAGACAGCGAUCACCUCCAGUUCCCUCCCGCACCCAUAGCAUCGAUUCUUCAGAAAUUAACGACUCUCAAAAAUAAUCAUAUAACGACACUCCAGAAGUUCCUACAGGGGAACAACAGCUACCUUCAUGGCGGUCAACCACCUAUACCUUCAUUGCCUAGCGAAAGUCACCGUGAUCUGCCCGUAGUCAGGCUAUUGGAAUCAAAACGAGAUCUGGAACGCGAGUGGUCAAUCUGUACGGAAGGCGCCAGGGAGGUCAAUUGUCCUUACUGUUGCUGUGCUCUCCCUAGUUCAGUUGCUAUGAAUCAGAAGAAGUGGAUAAUCCUAAGUGAUCAUGUCAAAGGCGACCUCGACCUCUAUAUUUGUUUGUUCGACCCCUGUGACUCUCCCUACAAGUUAUACAAUGGCAAAGACGAAUGGUUAAACCAUAUGCGCCAACAUAGGCCGCGAUGGCGUUGUGCCGCACGGGCGCACGGUGUCCUUGUCUUCUAUGAGAAAAGCGAGUACGAAGAGCACAUGCGCCGAAAGCACAAAAGCAUCCAACCACAGUUAUCCAUACUCGCGGAGAGAAGUAGUCGACCCUCUGGUCCUGUCUUUCAGUCCUGCCCGUUGUGUGGUGAAGGAAAUCGGGCUGAUCUCGAGGAGCACAUUGCUGACCAUCUUACAUACCUUGCAUUGAUGUCAAUACCAUUGGCUAAGAGCCAAUCCACCGAUGAUCACAUGGAGAUGGCUGCAAAUUUGGAUACCGAUCAUCUCCGGGCCGGAGGCGCUGGACGGACCGAUUCCUAUCACUCUUUUGACGAAAGUGAAAUGCAAAAGGCAGGAUAUCCCUCUAGGCUCCCUGAAUCCCCCUUUGCCGGAUUGAAAGAGUCAAAACAAAAACAAACAAAGGGAAAGGCACCAGUGAAAAACCGUAAUCAGGAAGAACCUCACAGGAGUGAAAACACCGGAUUCUUUCCCGGUCGGUGUCAAUGGAUGGGCUGUACUGAAUCACAUUUCUUUGAGGGAGAGGAGGUCCUCCUCUGUCAUAUUCUCGAGAGGCAUACAGAGUAUGGUUCUGCCUGUCCUGUGGCAGGCUGUGGGCAAAAAUUUGCCGAUAGACAAGAGUUUCAGAAACAUCUAAGGACUGACCACAACGAUGGUCUUUUCAAAGAACACGGCAUCAGAAAGCCUAUGACACGUUGCCAAUGGGCCGGCUGCACUAGAAAAGAAAGUUUCGGACGACUCAGUCACCUCUGGGAACAUAUCAAAUUGGACCUGAGCAUCUUCAUGUGCUUGUUGUCUGGAAAGGGUAUCUACUAA